GGUCACUAGAAGAAUUUCCGUCUGAUUUUCUUCCAUCACUCAAGCUUCAUCAACGCUCCUCUCGCCAGAGCACUCUACAUAUAAGACUGAUCCAGUCGCUUACCUUUUCUUAUUGUAAUUUUGACUCUAUCAACUCUUUACCUCACAUUAUCACAAACUCCGAGAUAUCCGGGGAUCUCGCUUUGUCCGAUCAUGGCGUCAAUAAACGAUGACGAGCUCGAGUACUUGUCACCUAAUUUUGAUCCCGCAUCCCUGACCGUCCCCCGACUUCGCGCGAUUCUUGUAGCGCAUGACGUGCCCUAUCCUUCGGCGGCCAAGAAAGCUCAGCUCAUCGAGCUGUUCGAGGAUCAUGUCGUUCCGGAGGCAGAGCGGCUCCUUGCCGCGCGCGCCCGAACAAAGCGGAGCAGCAGAGGCAUUACUGACAUGCCCUCAAGCCAAGAGGGCUCGCUUGCAGGAGAUGACGAUGAAGAGGAAAUAGUGCCGACGCGGGCCCCUCCAGUAACCCCCCGACGACGCGGUAGAAAGAGUGGCAAGGUUGCGGCUGAGGAGGAGUUCGAUACGCCAGCGGCCACACGGACGCCAGCCGCCGCGUCGAUAGUGUCACGGCGCAAGUCUACGAAGCAUUCUAGAGCUUCUGACACCGAGAACGCCACAGAUCCGGAGCUUCAACGACCUGUCGCUCGUCGCUCAAGAAAAAGCACCGCCACACCCGUUGUCAAGCAGGAGUCACCCGAACAAGGCUGGCACGGUCACAGGGCUGAAGCCGAUGUCUUUACAGACGAUAACCCAUUUCAGAGUGGAAGUUCGCCGGUAUACGAACCUGUUAGUGCGCGAAAGAGCCGCAAGAGUGUUGGCGCUGCCAAAUCCAGCUCGCGGAGAAAGAGCAGCGUCUCGAGACGGCGCACUGGCCACCUUUCACCCAAUCGAAAUAUUGAGCAGCGGGACGGCUUUGCCGCGCCAAGUUCAAGGACUUUUGAUGUUCCAGUAUCUCGGUUGCGGGGCAGGAAACAGGAGGAAGAAGAAGAGCUCGCAGUGGAUGACGAAGGCGUGGAGACGGGCGAAGAGUUCACCCCCGAGGAGCAGCUUGAGCUGGUGAGAGCGCGCGCAAAGAACGGAGAAGCUGAUAUUCUGCCUCCCCGAAGAAAGAAGCCUAAGCGAAAGGGAGGCAUAAGCAAAUCCGCACCCUGGGUGAUUCUCUUAGCUCUCGCCGGUGGUUAUGCAGGUUGGUGGCGGAGAGAGAAGCUCGACAUCGGAUACUGCGGCAUUGGACGAGAUCCUUCCAUUCCAACCAACGUUAACAUUCCCGACUGGGCAAACUUCUUGGAACCUCAAUGCGAACCCUGUCCGCCGCAUGCGUACUGCUACUCGCAACUAGAGACCCAAUGCGAGCCCGACUUUGUCUACAAAUCACAUCCACUCUCCUUCGGCGGUCUUGUUCCCUUGCCACCGACCUGCGAACCCGACGGAGAGAAAGCGCGCCGCGUCAAGGCUGUGGCAGACCGAGCGGUAGAGGAGCUUCGCGAGCGACGAGCAAAGUGGGAGUGUGGAGAUCUCAAGGACACCAAGGGCAAAGAGCUACCCGCCGUGGAGAUUGACGAGCAGGAACUCAAGCAAGAAGUGGGCAAGAAGCGCCGACGAGGCCUCAGCCAGUCUGAAUUCGAAGAUUUAUGGUCCGCGGCCCUUGGCGAAAUCACCUCGAGAGAUGAAGUCCUCAGCGGCCUUGACGGGUAAGUUUUUUUAAUCCACCCCAUUCGCAUUUUGUCUCCUUCCUGAAAACCCCCCUCUGCUCCUCAAUCUUCCUCCACUAUUUACCAGCAGGCCUCAAGCACCUAUUUAUCCAAACCACAAUCUCUAACUGUGCCCCAUUCUCACAAACUAAUCAGACUCCAUCUCGCGCCCACAGACAGUCCGGUCGUCUCACACUCACAUCCACCUCCCUCGCCCGACUCUCCCUCUCCUGCGCCCU